UUUAUCACUUCAGCUUUACAUGGUGGUUGCAUAGAAACGGACGCCAUUACAAUUUUUUGACUACUUGAACAAAAGUAAAAUGGGAGUUGACUAUUACAAUAUUUUGCAGCUUACGCGCUCAGCAGACGAUGCAGAUAUCAAGAAAAACUACAGAAAGCUAGCAUUAAAGUUUCAUCCAGACAAAAACCCUGGGGAUCAAGUGACAGCAGACAAAUUCAAGCAGUGUGCAGAGGCCUAUGAUGUCUUAGCAGAUCCUCGCAAGCGUGCUGUGUAUGACCAGUUUGGGGAGGAAGGUCUGAAGAAUGGCGUCCCCAGUGGCAGCAUGGAGACUGGGGCCUGGACCCAGGGGUACACCUUCCAUGGCAACGCUGAGAAGGUCUUCAGGGACUUCUUUGGGGGCAGCAACCCAUUCCAAGAAUUCUAUGACCGUGUUGACGGUGAUUUGAGCAUGUCGUUUGGCGGGCUGGCUGGACGAGGCAGGAAGAAGCAGGACCCGCCCAUUGAGAGGGAUCUCUUCCUGUCACUGGAGGAGGUGUUCCAUGGAUGCACCAAGAAAAUGAAGAUCUCAAGAAGGGUGAUGAAUGAGGACGGACACACAUCGAGCAUCAGAGACAAGAUCCUCACCAUCACUGUGAAGAAAGGCUGGAAACCAAACACACGCAUCACCUUCCCUGAGGAGGGGGACCAGGGACCCAACAAUGUGCCAGCGGACAUUGUCUUCAUAGUGAAGGAUAAGCAGCAUGCUCGGUUCAGUCGUGAAGGCAACAACCUCGUGCACACGGCCAAGGUGCCCCUCGGCAAGGCCCUCACUGGCUGUACAGUGGACAUCCUCACCCUUGAUGAUAGAACCCUGCACAUCCCCAUCAACGACAUCAUCAAGCCAGGCUACAAGAAGAUGGUUCCCAAGGAAGGCAUGCCUCUGUCCAAUGACUCAACACAGAAAGGAGACCUGAUUAUUGAAUUUGACAUUGAGUUCCCAGCUACCCUAACACCAGAAAAGAAAGAACUGGUGAAAUCAGCUUUGUUGAAUUAAAUAUAUACAAUUGUGGUGAAAAUUGGUGGAAUGUGUCUGUGAUAUGUUUUAAAUAUGAAGUAUGAGAAUUUGUGCAAAAUGUUAAAAAGAUUGACUUUAUAAAAUGUUAUAAAAUGUAUUUUACUUGCAUUUUGUAGAUCAGAGAAAUCAAUAGCCUUCUUAUUUUCUUUUUGUGACAAAUAAUGAGAUACUUCUAAACAUAGGACUUAAGGCUUUAUAUUAUCAAUAACAACACAUUAAGAAAUACUGUGCAUUUAAAUGAGUUGUAUUCAUAAAAAUCUUCUGUCUUAUCAAAUAAAUGUUUUAUACAUUAA